UAGAUCCAAAUAAAUGACUCGCCCACUCCAUCUCAGCUCUUCAUGUGAACGCUCAGUUUGAACGCUAAACAUGACAAUUGCGACGACGUCACGAUGAUGAUUCCAGUUAUGAUCGUUACGUGGUUCGGUAUCUCAAUCGAGGCCUGUCUGGUCUGCCACAACAUUCUCGGUGCAAUCGACUUCGGAGCCCGCCGUUCAUCUACACAGUGGGGGUGCGAGUGCCGCAUCUUUUCCUUCGGAGGUACGAAUGUGUUUGGUGGGGUUGGAAGGCAUGGUGGAAGAGUCGAAUGGUCUUUCUGUAUUCCUGUACUAUCUUACUCUUUGCCAUUGCCGAUGAGCUUUGCGUGGGGACUGGUCAAUUUCUCGUGUCCUGGGUUCUAUUGGGGAAAUCCGAUGGAAUUCCGGGCCAUGGAGAGGUCAUGAGAAUUUAUUCCAAAUACCAAAAAGUUUACGACGCACAUGAUGUUCCUUGUAAAUCUUCAAAAACCACAGUAGCAUGACUUUGUAGAAAAUGAUUAAAAUCAUAAUAUCC